GUUUUAUAUUGAGUGACCCGCAGUCUAAAAUUACUAUCCGAAGGGAAAACGUCGCGCAUUCGCUAUCAAGCAAAAAACCUUCGUUUGCAAACUUCGUCGAGGGCGCGUUUUCUACCAAUAUCUAUUCGCGUCUUCGGUGUCGGUCUCUAUUUAAAAUCGUAUUAAGGAUACAAAUGCAAAAAGCGAGCGUAAGAAAUAAAACAAAACAAAAUCACAUCAUAAAUCAUUACUUAAAACAGUUGAGUGGAUGAUUUUGGGUGAAAGACGACGGCCAAAAGGCAUCAACAGCGUCAGCAGCAGCAUAUCGUGAAGACUGGAAAUUUGUGUUAUCCGUUCCCGUGUGGUCCCCGUUUCGUAUCUUCUUAUCGAAGUUGUGUAGUAGUGUGUGCGUGUGUGCUAUUGGAAGGAUUUUGUGCUAAGGUUCGAGUCUCUUCACAAUCCCUACGGAACGCGCCCUGGCCCCGAAAUUGUGUCGAGCCCGGUGUGUAUUGAGACUGAAUAUUAAGGGCAUCGCCGGCAUCUUCAUCACCUCUCCACACUUUCUCCAGAGAAAAGUGUCCUUUGGCGGGGACAACAACAUAUCAGCGCAAAAUUGCGCUAACGUGCAUAAUUUACGUGUCUCUUGCUCAAAGUGCCUUUUGUGCCGGGAAGUUGUGUGGGUGUGUGUGUGUUUAGUUAUCAAAAGUGUGUAUGACGUCUGUCCAUAACUUUGGCGACGAGCACGUUGAUUAGCUUUUUUCCUCCAGGGGGAAAAGUCCCGUUCCGGUGGCACUCGGAGUGUGCCACAGAGUGUGCCCGGUAGUGCUGGGAGAAGUGUGUUCGCGCUGCUACUAGUCCGUGAAGCCAUCAGGAAGUGUUCCCCGGAUGCAUUCGACAGUGUACCGCAUGUGACGGCGUACAGACACGCGUGUGUAUGUGAGUGAGUGUGUGGGCAAAGUUGAACGGAGGAAAAACGGCAAAUCGAAUUGAGAAUGAGCCGUCAAGCGGUGGUGGGACUUUUGGUGCUGGCGACCGCGGUCGGUGCCGUCUCGUACUGCCCGAACCGGUGCGUCUGCGACGACGAGAAGCUGCACGUGACGUGCGGCGAGGGCGAGCUGGACGUGCUGCCGAUAGCGCUGAACCCCUCGAUCGGCCGGCUGGUGAUCAAGUUCAAUCGCAUCAAAUCGAUCGACUCGUCGAUACAGUUCUACACCGAGCUGACGAUGCUCGACCUGAGCUACAACCAUCUGCUCAGCAUCCCGGAGCGCAUCUUCAUGUACCAGAAGAAGCUGCUGCAGCUGCACCUGAACAACAACAAGCUCGGUGCGGUGACGAACCGCACGUUCGGCGGGCUGGACGAGCUGCGGGUGCUGAACCUGAGGGGCAACUUUAUAGACGAGAUUGGCAGCGAGCUGUUUAAGGCGCUGCCGAAGCUGGAGGAGUUAAAUUUGGGGCAGAAUCGGAUCGCUACGCUGCACGCGAGUGCGUUCGAUGGGCUGGCCAAUCUGCGCGUACUCUACCUGGACGACAACUCGAUCAGCACGAUACCGACGCUCUCGCUGACACCGCUCAAGGGGCUGGCGGAGCUGUACCUCGGCACGAACUCGCUGUUCCGCGUGCUGCCCGGUGCGUUCGAGGGGCUGGCGCAGCUGCGCCGCCUCGACAUACACGGCUCGAUGCUGGUGAACAUUACGAGCGACACGUUCCGCGGGCUGGAGAACAUCCGCUCGCUCGACCUCUCCGACAACCAUCUGCUGAAGGUGCCCACGGUGCAGCUGAGCGGGUUGAAGCGGCUGGAGGAGCUUACCAUCGGGCAGAACGACUUCGAAACCAUCCCGGAGGGUGCGUUCUUUGGGCUUUCGAACCUGAAAUCGAUCGACAUCUCCGGUGCGCUCAACCUGCGACAGGUACAGUCGGGUGCAUUCUCGGCCAACCCGAACCUGGAGUCGAUUACGAUCGCCUCCAACAAGGAGCUGCUCGAGCUGGACGAGGGCGCCUUUGCCGGGCUGCCCCACAUCCGCAAGGUGUCGCUGCGGGACAACAAAAUCGCCACCUUCCACGAGGAGCUGCUGCCCUGGAAGCAUCUGGUCGAGUUCGAUCUCACCGAGAACCCGCUCGUCUGCGACUGCAACGUGCUCUGGUUGCGCAAUCUGCUCCAGCGCCAGCGGCCCGCUUCGGAGGGACAGGAAGACCCGGCCCAGCUGGUGUGCAGCGGGCCGGACCGGCUGCACGGCGAGCUGCUGCGCGACCUGACGCCCGACCUGCUCGGCUGCCAGCAUCUGCAGUCGAAGGAGCGGGCCAUCUUCGGUGCGAUCAUCGUUGCGUCGGCGGCGAGCGUCACCACGCUCGUGCUGAUUGUGUACCGGCUGCGGCACCGCAUCCUCGACACGCUGCGCCGGCUCGGCUGGGGCGGCAGCAACAAGCGCGCCACGCUGCACGAGGAGAAGGACGUCGAGGUGCAGAAGUCGCUCGGUGAGGUGGAGUACCAUCAGCCGCACUGCAACAUCUACACGUACAACUACCACCCGGCGUACAGGAACUAUCAGCAUCCGUUCGGCGGUCAGUACACGCUGCCGUACCCGCACUAUCAGUCGCACGGCAACGGCGGCGGGCCGACCGUUUCGUCCGGUGCGGCGACACUGCAGCAACACCAUGCACCGCAUGCCCAUCAUGCCCAGCAGCCGUCCGGGCCGAGCUCGAUUGUGGCUGGCGGUCCGGUUUACGGUGGACAUCCGCAUCAGCAGCAGCCGCAGGUUCAGCAGCAGCAGCAGCUUCACCAUCACCAUCACCACCAGCAGCCACCGCUGCCCCAAACGCCCAAGGGUACGCUGAGCACCUCGUCCUCGACCACCUCCUCUUCUACGUCCUCGUCCGCACUGUCAUCGAGCGGCUCGACCGUGUCGGGCGUAUCGGCCCAAACGCAGUCCUCCACGAUCUACUCGCCGCAGUACGCGCACCACAUAUACGAAGUGCCCAAGAAUGUGUCCGAUACCUAGGGCGGGUGUAGCAACAGGGGGAAGGAGGGAAGCGCAAGGGGUAGAUUUCACGCAAAUAUGUAUCACCCAACACACCCAACACUAGUACACACCUUUUACACACCAUUUUACUAACCGUCUCACCUUAGUAACACAAAAACCCGUACGCACAAAAACCAAUUGGAAUCGCUGCUUCGCGUAAAAGAGCAGGUUUCCCCCACUUAGCCACUCACUCACGCAAGACUCACCAAGACACAUUAGUAGUGAUAAGCAUCGUUGUUGAUAUUUGGGAAAGCUUGGGGAAAACGAUUCAGACGAGGAAGGUGAAAAUUGGUUUAAACAGAUACCCAACAGUCAUAUCGCGAGAAUACGUUCAUCGCUAGAAUAAGGUCCUUGUGUGACCGGGGACGUGACAGCACCCUCUUCUCACGUUAGAAGCUUUCCCAUUUUCGAUCGAUUGGGGCAGCGCAUUUAUUUUCUUCUAGUCAAUUUUAAUUUAUCAACUUAAUGACGUCAUAUGCGGGCGAAAAACAAACAGUCUCAAAAGACAAAACACACAAACACAUCCUUAAGCAAUCUCUCCCGUUCAGAAACGGUACACUGUUUUCUAUGUCGCUGAAAAGUACUGAUUAAUAUAUAUAUAUUUGGAACUCUUUUUUUCGUUUUAUUUAUGCAAUUUGUGAGUCAAAUUAUGAGGGAAGAAGAAAAAACAAACAGUGCAUCACAAAAAACAGGCAAAACAAAUCGAACAGUACAACCGUUUCCAACAGUGCGUAAUGAUAUGUGUGUGUGCGUGGGAAAGUAACAUUGUAACACGGUAUUAGUAGUUCUUUCCGACGUGAGGAAACUUCUCAGUUAGUUGUAAAUAUUAUGUAAAUAAACUUUUUUAACGUAUACUGAUAAAGCAAGACAGGCGGUAGAAGCACAGCACGAGCGAGAACGAGAAUGGUUAGUCGAACAGACAGGAUGUUACAGGAAUGUUAGGACAGCAAAGGCUCAACCAGCGAUUGGACUGUCUGUGUGUGUAUGAGUGAUGGGUUGUUUUUGUUUUCUCUAAAAAAAAGCGGAAAAAUCAAAAGCAAAAAUCGACGCGUGAAAUUGCAACCUGUAGUGAAAUAAAGUCAACGGCAAACGGGUUUUGUUUGUAUAUGGUUUAACGUUUAAUCGUUUGUACAUGUUUUGCUUCGUUGAUGUGAAUGUGAAAACUUAAGAAAAAAAGGAAAUGUGUAGUUGGGAACGUUUGGUAGUAGACAGUAAGGUAUAACACACAGACACGCACAGAGAAACAUUUAGCUAGCCCAAGCCAACCAGGGGGAGGGUUUAUCAGGCGCGACCCAGGAUGUCGCGACCCCCUCACUGCGGGCAUAGUUCAGAAUCGGGUAAAUUUUAACGUCAAAAACGGCAUUCGAACUUCGCACGGACUGGUAGAGAGAUUGGAUGACUUCUUUUUUUUUACAAAUGUUUAGCAUAAUACAUAAUCGAAGCGAAGUAAGAAUGUUAUUACUAAGUAAGAGAAACGGCGAAUGAGCAAAAAACUCUCGUACAUUUAUAAAAAGAAGAAGAAGAGAAAGUCAACAACAAAACACGAUCACACCAAUUGGCAGGCAUCAAUGCGCGGGGCAGCUUGGCAGCGACAGUACGACCGAACGAUGUUCGUUAUAGUCAGUAAACAUAAAAGCAAAAAAACGAAACAAAAAAAAAAUAAACAAAACAAUGUAUUCGUAUUCAAGUAAUACCUUGUAUAGUGAUGUAAGCGAUGAGUGUGGUGCGAGAAAAUGUUGAAUAUUGUGCAAGAAUGAAUGCAAGAACGAUGGAAAAGCAACGAAAGACAUUUGGGGGAGUCGGAGCGGUGGCAGGAGGAGCGAGAAAGAGAGAAAAUUAAUAAAACAAAUCAAACUUCAGAUAUGAAACGUUA